AUGGUUAGACAGGGUCUGCCAGCAGAAGAGGUAAGACACCCCUACUCUGUCCAGACCCAACAGUCAACAGAAGCCAAAGCCAUCUGGAGGAGCAUGCAACAACAAGAAACAAAUUUAUUAGCUAACCUAACCACUAAUGAGGCAAGAGGCAAUUCUAAGGACUUCCAAAACAGCAAAGUAGGAGCAGCUGCUACCUCUAGGGAUGAGGGAUGCAAUUGUCUAAUUACUAGUGGAAUUGUCAUUUCAUGCUAUUGGCUAUUUGAAAUUCCUCCUCUGACAUAA